AUGGCGGCGGGGCUGGAGGCGGCGGCCGAGCAGGAGGGGUGGCGGCCGGACGGCCUAGCCUCGGGCCGGGGAGCGGCAGGGGCCGUCACUGCGCCAUGCGCCCCCGCCCCUCGCCUCAGGAGACCGGCGCCCCGCGCCCUCGGCCCGGCCGCGUCCUCGUCCUUCGGUCGCGCCACGCAGCGCCGGCCGCCGCCUCAGCGCCUCAUCACCGCCGCGGGCUGA